CACCUCGAUCCGGAUGGAGCUUCCUCAGUGGGCGUCCUUCCUGGGCGUCGUGCUCGCAACGGUGCUCUUCCUCAAGGCCGUCCUCCGCCUACUCCUCCGCAGCCGCCGCAAGUGCAACCUCCCGCCGGGCCCCAAGCCAUGGCCGAUCAUCGGCAACCUCAAUCUCAUCGGCACGCUCCCGCACCGCUCCAUCCACGCGCUCUCCAAGCAGUACGGCCCGCUCACCCAGCUCCAGUUCGGCUCCUUCCCCGUCGUCGUCGGUUCCUCCGUCGAGAUGGCUAAGUUCUUCCUCAAGACCCACGACGUGGUGUUCACCGACCGGCCCAAGACCGCCGCCGGCAAGUACACCACCUACAACUACAGCGACAUCACGUGGUCCCCCUACGGCGCAUACUGGCGCCAGGCCCGCAAGAUGUGCCUCACCGAGCUCUUCAGCGCCAAGCGUCUCGAGUCGUACGAGUACAUCCGCAGCGAGGAGGUGCUCGCCCUCCUCCGCGACCUCCGUCGCGGCGCCAGCGACGCCGGCGCCGGUCGUGCCCUGGUGCUCAAGGACUACCUGUCCACGGUGAGCCUGAAUGUGAUCACGCGCAUGGUGAUGGGCAAGAAGUACCUGGAGAAGGAGGUGAGGGACGAGGCCGGGUCGGUGAUCACCACGCCCGACGAGUUCAAGUGGAUGAUCGACGAGCUGUUCCUGCUCAACGGCGUGCUGAACAUCGGCGACUCCAUCCCCUGGCUCGACUGGAUGGACCUGCAGGGGUACAUCAAGAGGAUGAAGAAGCUGAGCAAGAUGUUUGACCGGUUCCUUGAACACGUGGUGGAAGAGCACAGUGAACGCCGCCGCCGCGACGGGGAGUGCUUCGUGGCCAAGGACAUGGUCGACGUGCUGCUGGAGUUCGCCAGCGAUCCCAGUCUCGAGGUCAAGCUCAACAGGGAGGGCGUCAAGGCUUUCACUCAGGAUCUCGUUGCUGGGGGUACGGAAAGCUCGGCGGUGACGGUUGAGUGGGCUCUCUCGGAGCUGCUGAAGACGCCGGAGGUGUUCGCCAUGGCGACCGAGGAGCUGGACCGCGUGGUGGGGCGAGGCCGCUGGGUCACUGAGAAGGACAUCCCGAACCUCCCCUUCAUCCAGGCCAUCAUCAAGGAAACCAUGCGGCUGCACCCGGUAGCGCCGAUGCUGGUGCCCCGGCUGUCCCGCGAGGACACCUCCAUCGGCGGCUAUGACAUCCCUGCCGGCACACGCGUGCUCGUCAGCGUGUGGUCCAUCGGCCGCGACCCGGAGCUGUGGGAUGCGCCGGAAGAGUUCAUGCCAGAGCGGUUCCUCAGCAGCAGACUUGACGUCAAGGGGCAGGACUAUGAGCUGCUGCCGUUCGGGUCGGGGCGCAGGAUGUGCCCUGGGUAUAGCCUGGGGCUGAAGGUGAUCCAGGUGAGCCUAGCCAACCUGCUGCACGGCUUCGAGUGGAGGCUUCCCGACGGCGUGACGAAGGAGGAGCUGAGCAUGGAGGAGAUCUUUGGGCUUUCCACGCCCCGCAAGUUCCCGCUGGAGGCCGUCGUGGAGCCCAAGCUUCCGACUCACCUUUACAACUAGGCUUGAUACAUACACGCAAGAUCGACCAGUCUUGCGUUUGAGUGAUUAUACUACCUAUGUUGCUGUAUUUUCAUGUAUUUUUUAAAAUCUUUUCU